AUGGAUGCUUGUAAAUUCUUCUUGAUCUUGAUCAGCUUGCUUGCCCAUAGUUUUCUAGUCUCCAGUCAGGCAAGUUGCACCAACCAGUACCACCUCAGCUUGGCCGAUUGUACUACGGCUCGUAACUCAAUCAAAUUUGUAAAUGGAGAUAAUGGAAAAGGAGUAGUUGGCAAAGGUGAAUUAGAAAUUGCAGUUGGUAGAGGAACAUGCAUGAUACAAAUCCUCAAUUCAGUUGAAGGUGUUAAACAAGCAGACAUUUAUAGUGCCAUAGAUGACAUUUUGAAAACUUGUGCCCCGGGAUAUGACGGCACAAGCCAGCCCCCAACCUUUGUAGCACGUGUUACAAAAAACUUGAUAGGUACUGAUCCAAUAAACCAACCAAAAUGCAACAACACAACCCCAUCUGUGAUAAAAACAGAAGAUUGUAAAGUGGCCAUUGAUAGGAUUGGAUUAGACAAAUCAACAGGCUUGUUAACUCAGGAUAAAAAUUUUGGAAUCAACAGUGUUUACAAAACAUGCCAGGUAAGGGUUAAUAGUGCCUUUACUACUAUACCUAUCAAUGUAAAUAAAGAUGUGUUGAAGACAAGUGUUCAAAAAAUUACCACUGUGUGCCAAAAUAAAUUAUCUAGAAAGAUGGAAGCUGAAAUUUUGUGA